AUGCAGUCACUACGCAGAACAGCAGUGGCUGCUGCCCGGACGAGCCGCACCUCACUCCCGCGCCAGUCGCGCCGCUUCGCACACGAUGAGCACGCUCACGGCCACCCGACCCCAGCCGCCGACGAGCCCAUGGGCUAUGGCUUCUUCAUGACCAUUGGCGUCAUCCCCGUCGGAAUCGCCGUAUACGCCUUGUCGCGACCGGACGGCGAGAACAACGAGCCCUACAUUACCCGCAUGAUCUCCAAUGCGACGGCUGGACUACACGAGAAGUGGACUUCGCAGAACGACCACCACGUGCGCAUGAUCGAGCAGGCGGGUGAGGACAGAGUGCUGUUCGCGAACACACGGCCUCAGGAAUACGUCGACAUGAAGUUUCCCGAGAUCAUGAACGUCGGAUCGCCAUACAACGUCCCCGCCGGAAGCCAAGUGCAAAUGGACAAGGUCAUCGAGAAGUACAAGAAGCUGGCGUACGAGGACAACGAGCGUAAGCUGGAAAAGCUAAGGAAUAACGAUAUCUCGUCGGAAACGCCCGUAACGGGCCCAAAGACCCGCGUCAAGAAGGCGCCCGACAUGUUCUAG